AUGUCGGGUCAGACGUUGACAGACCGCAUCGCCGCGGCGCAGUACAGCCUGACGGGAUCCGAGGUGUCCCGAGCGGUGUGUAAAUCCACCACACAUGAGCAGACCGCUCCAAAGAAGAAGCACCUGGAAUACCUGAUCCAGGCCACCUCAGAGACCACUGUGAACGUCCCCCAGAUGGCCGAUACACUGAUGGAGAGGGCCGGCAACGCCAGCUGGGUGGUGGUUUUCAAAGCCCUGAUCACCACACACCACCUCAUGGUGCAAGGCAACGAGAAAUUCCUGCAGUUCCUGGCUUCUAGAAACACCUUGUUCAACCUCAGCAACUUCUUGGACAAAACUGGCUCCCAUGGCUAUGACAUGUCCACAUUUAUCAGACGCUACAGCCGUUAUCUCAACGAGAAGGCCUUCGCCUACAGACAGAUGUCUUUUGACUUUGGACGAGUCAAGAAAGGAGCUGAGGGAGCGAUGAGGACUAUGUCUGUAGAGAAGCUGUUGAAAGGAAUGCCGACCCUGCAGAGCCAGAUCGACGCACUGCUGGAUUUUGAUGUGCAUCCUCCGGACCUGGACAAUCCAGUGAUAAAAUCCUGCUUCCUCCUGCUCUUCAAAGAUCUGAUCAAGUUAUAUGCCUGCUACAAUGAUGGCGUCAUUAACCUGCUCGAAAAGUUUUUCCUGAUGAAGAGGAGCCAGUGUAAAGACGGGCUGGAGAUCUACAAGAGAUUCCUUACACGAAUGACUCGGGUUUCCGAGUUCUUCAAAAUCGCUGAGGAAGUGGGAAUAGACAAAAAUGACAUCCCCGAACUCACUCAGGCCCCAGAAAGUCUUCUAGAGUCCCUGGAGACCCACCUCAACACCCUUGAGGGGAAGAAGCCGUCACCCACUAAGGAAGAUACGGCCAACAACUCCAUGCCAGCGGCUGCUGCUGCUGCUGCUCCUGCUGCUGCUACUGCCGCACCACCGGCCAAGGCACCGCAUCGGGCUCCCCCUGCUCGCCCUGGGCCACCUACCAAACCUCCUCCGCCUGCCGUCACCCCCUCUGCACAAGCCCCCAUCACCACCACCAUAACUAGCAAUGCCCUUGAUGAUGGGUUCUUGUUGGAUUUGGACCCAAUUUCCUCCUUGUCAACAGGGGGCGCUGCAGCUGCUUGUUCUAUGACUGGAUGGGGAGAUCUUUUGGCUGAGGCAGCUCCAUCUGCCUCUGAUGGAGCUUCUGAAGCUCUCCUGGCCGAGGGAGAAUCUGCUGAGGCUGAUGCUGAUGCUGCAGCUACCCCUGCAGCUGUCGCACCCAAAGCCACCGCUACCACUGCUGCUGCAGCUCGACCAGUCCCCGCCUCUCUGCCCAUCUCCGCCCCUGCCACCACCUCAGCCACAGAAAUCGACCUUUUCGGAGAUGCGUUUGCACCUUCCCCAGGAGAUGGUCCUGCUGCCGUGGCCGCGGGCCCUGCUUCUGAUGCUUUUGGUGGAUCUGACCCCUUUGCCACGACGGAAGGGAGUGCAGAAAUUGCUCCAGAGCUGGACCUGUUCGCCAUGAGGCCCGCCGCCACGGAGGCCAUCGCCACCACCCCUGCCGUCAUCAUCCCUCCCACCUCUAGUGAGGCGCCGACCAUCGUCGCCCCAAUCGCUGCCCCCGCUGCUCCCACCCCUUCUUCCACCACCACAACCACCACCGACACCACCACAGAGUCUGCAGCCGCUCCGACUCUAGAUAUCUUUGGUGAUAUGUUUGAUUCAAUGCCUGAGCAAAGCCCCACCACAGAAUCCAAAGCUGCUACCACUCCUAGCGUAGACCUUUUUGGUGCAGACCUUCCUGCUGUCUCACGUGGGCCCUCUCCUUUGCCCGAGCUGGCUCUGGCUGGAGACAUUGUAACGGACUUUACAUCUCCAGCUCUUGCUGCUGCUUCGCCUUCCCUUGCUCCUGCUGAAACUCCAGGCUCAGAAGCCUCGACUCCGCCCCAGGCAGAGUCGGUGCCAGUUAUUGACCUGCUGGACUCCUUCAGCAGUUCUGUGGAGGAGACGCAGAGCUCUGCUCCUGGAGGGCCCGGAGACGACCUGCUGGGAGGCCUGAUGUCUCCCACCCUGGCCCCCACUGCUGCUCCAACUUUGGCUCCUUUGGGUUCCUUGGCUCCUUUAGCUCCUUUGGCUCCCUUGGCUCCCUUGGCUCCUUUGGCCCCCUUGGCUCCCUUGGCUCCAGCUCCGGUGCAGAAUAACCUCUUGGAUUCAGGCUUUGACGCCCUGGGCUCGCUGGUGUCUCCAACACGACCAGUCCCAGCAGCAGCAACAGCAACAGCAGCAGAACCUGCAACCACUACGUUGGCGCCCUCUGGUGGCUUUGAUGCUUCAAUGUUUGGUGGAUUAGGCGACUUGCUGAUGCCUGCCGUCACGCCCCAGAGCACCGGGGGCAGCACUGCUGGAAGCACAGCUGGAAGCAUGGGUACUCCCGUCGCACCAGGAGGCAUGGCGGCUGCUCCCCCGGCCACCCCGCCUCCCACCAAAACCAUUGGAGGGGAUCUGGACUCGUCACUGGCCAACCUGAUUGGAGACCUCGGAGUGAAGAAAAAGGACCCACAGAGUGAGAAGAAGCUGACAGGAGGUGCCAACUGGACGCCACAUGUAGCCCCCACAAGCUGGGCUACAGGAGUCCCCAUGGCUGGUGCCACCCCUGGAGCUCCUGGAGCACCAGGAGCUGGUCCACCUAGUGGAGCCAUGGUGCCACCAAUGAGUGCACAGCCUUGCUUUGCCAUACCUCCAGCAGCAGGGCCUGGUGCUCCCCUGAUGCAACCCAUGAUGGGGCAGCCAAUGAUGGGACAGCCCAUGAUGAGACCUGCCUUCACAAGUGUGGCUGGAGCUGUACCUGGAGCUGCUGCACCAGGAGCACCGAUUUCUUCAGGACCUGCAAGCCAGAGUCCCAAGAAGCCCAAGGACCCUCUGGCAGACCUCGACCUCAAGGACUUCUUAUAA